AGGAAAUCAGGUGCAGGCUCUCGGAGACCCUCUCACAGGGUCCAGCCCGGAGCUUUCAGUCAUGGUCUUCGAGUCUCUGGUCAGCGACCUGCUCAACAGGUUCAUCGGAGACUAUGUGGAGAACCUGGACAAAUCCCAGCUGAAGAUCGGGAUCUGGGGAGGAAAUGUUGUGCUUGAGAACCUGAAGGUGAAGGAGAACGCUCUGAGUGAGUUUGAUGUCCCAUUCAAAGUGAAGGCCGGACAGAUCGGGAAGCUGACACUGAAGAUUCCCUGGAAAAAUCUCUACAACGAUGCUGUGGUCGCUACGCUGGAAGGACUCUACUUGCUGGUUGUCCCUGGAGCUACACUGAAGUACGAUGCUGCCAAGGAGGAGUGCUACCAGCUGGAGGCAAAGCAGAAGGAGCUGCAGCGCAUCGAGGAGGCUCUACAGAUGGCUGCACGCAGAGAAAAACCUCAAGAGGAGAAGAAGGACUCGUUUUUUGAGAAGCUGGCCGCUCAGGUGAUCAAAAACCUGCAGAUCAAGAUCAGCAGCAUCCACCUGCGCUAUGAGGAUGAUCUGUCGGACCCAAAGCACCCCCUGUCUAUGGGAGUAACACUAUCAGAGCUCAGCUUACUGACCUCAGAUGAAAACUGGAAGCCAUGUAUCCUGAAUGAAGCUGCAAAGAUCAUCUAUAAGCUCGGGCGUCUGGAGAGUCUCUGCGCCUACUGGAACGUAAACAGUCCCAUCUUCUACAAAGGCUCAUGGGAAAACAUAGUGGACCAGCUGAAAUGUGGGAUUAGCAGUAAGAAUCAGGAACUUCCUCACUAUCAGUACAUUUUCAAACCGAUCUUUGCCUCGGCUAAAAUGUGCAUCAACCCAAAUGCUGAGCUGGAGCUGAAGACUCCUAAAGCCAACCUUCACCUUGAGGUUCAGAACAUCGCCAUAGAGAUGACCAAACCACAGUAUCUGUCCAUGGUGGAGGUACUGGAGUCUGUUGACUGCAUGUUCAAGAACGCCCCCUACAGGAAGUUCAGGCCUGACGUUCCAGUCCACAACAAAGCCAAACUCUGGUGGAGGUACGCCUUCAACAGCAUCCUGGAGGUCCACAUCAGACGCCUCAGCCACAUGUGGUCCUGGUCCAACAUCAAGGAGCACAGAAAGAACCUGAAGGCCUAUAAGACGGCCUACAAGAACAAACUGCUGAGUCAGAGCAAGCCGAACCCAGAGGUCGAGCAGCAAAUCCAGGAUCUGGAGGAAGUUCUGGAUGUCUUCAACAUCACGUUAGCCCGGCAGCAGGCCCAGAUGGAGGUGAUCAGGUCUGGGCAGAAGGAGCUGGCCAAGAAGGCGGCUAGCCAAAAGCAGGGAGGAGGAGGUGGUUUCUUUAGCGGCUGGUUCGGUCGAAAGGCCAAGAAGGAGGAACAGGAGCCAGAGGAGAGCAAGGAAUCAGAGACCUCUGGGCUGGACGAGAUCAUGACAACAGAGGAGAAAAAGAAACUCUACACCGCCAUCGGCUACAGCGGCAGCUCCCACAACCUGGCCUUACCCAAGCAGUAUGUGGCAGUGGUCGUCACCUUCCAGCUGUUCAGGACCUCUGUGACGGUCAGAGAGCUGCCGGACGUCCCAGAAAUCCUCAAAGUCCAGAUGAUCGACCUCAGCACAAAAAUAUCUCAGAGACCUGGAGCUCAAGCCUUCAGGGUGGAGGCUGGGCUGCAGCACUGGUACGUUACAGGUCUUCAGCAGCAGGGGGCGGUACCUUCGCUCAUCGCCACUGUGGGAGAUUCAGACUCCUCUCUGCUCAGCGUUGUGUUUGAGAUAAACCCGGAGGAGAGCAAGGCUGACCAGCUGCUCAGAGUCCAGUCUCAGCCUGUUGAGAUAAUCUACGACGCGCUGACGGUGAACAGUUUGGCUGAGUUCUUCAAAACAGGGAAAGGUGUUGAUUUGGAGGUUCUGACGUCGGCUACGCUCUCCAAACUGGAGGAGUUCAAAGAGAAAACUGCCACAGGUUUGUCUCACAUCAUCGAGACCAGGAAGGUUCUGGACCUGAAGAUUAACCUGAAGCCGUCCUACCUGCUGGUACCAAAGUCUGGUUUCUAUAACAACACGUCGGACCUCAUCAUUGUAGACUUUGGUAGUUUACAGUUAAACAGUGUUGAACAGAGCGGUCUGAGUUCGUCCUCAUCGUCCUUCUCCUCUCUGGAGGAAAUCAUGGAUCGAGCUUAUGAAAGAUACAGCGUGGAGCUACGAAGAGUUCAGGUGCUCUACAGCAAGUCAGGGGAAGCCUGGAAGUCAGCACGGCUGCAGGAUUCUUCAGUCCAACACAUCCUCAAACCCAUGGAUCUAACUGUCCAGCUGGCUAAGUGUAUGGUUGAGAAGGAUGCCAGGAUGCCCAGGUUAAAGGUGUCAGGAGAGCUGCCACUGCUGCAUGUUAAGAUCUCAGACCAGAAGAUCCACAAUGUCCUGGAGCUGGUUGAUAGUAUCCCACUGCCCACCAAGGGCUCACCCCCCUCCACGCCCACUGAGAAGGUGCUGCCAUUGGCUGAAGCAAGACCUCGACCACUCAGCCUUCACCCCUCCCUCCUUGACGCCAUAGAAACCGAUUCAGAUGAAGACACCAGCGAGAAGUCGACAGACGAUGAUCAGCAGCGACUGGCUCUGGAGGAGCUCACCGACCUUCAGUUCAAGUUUGAAGUCAAAGAGGUGCUGUUGGAGCUGACCCGUCAGGUGGACCAGGAGAAGACCGUCCUCUCAUUCAGCGUCUGUCAGCUUGGAGCUGAAGGGAAGAAACGGACCUUUGACAUGACCGUCACCUCCUAUCUGCGCAGGAUAACGCUUGAUUACUGUGACGUACCAGAUGGCAGAAAUCGUCCUCUGCACCUGAUCAGCUCCUCAGAACAGCAGGGCUCAGACCUGCUGAAGGUGGAGUUCAUCAAGGCUGAGCAAAACGGUCCCAGCUUCCAGACAGUCUUCAACAACACUGUACAAACACUGAAGGUGGAGUUUUCCUCUCUGCACUUCCUCCUCCACACCAAAGCUCUGCUGUCAACCAUCAACUACCUGAACACCGCCAUGCCGUCCAAACCCAGCACCAGCCGAGACCAGGACGCCAAAAAACAAGAAGUAGAGAAGAUCGAACAAGGCCGGACAGUGUCCAAAGCUGCCAAAGAUGGCGGUGUGUUCAGCUUUAAGCUGUUUGCCAUGUUGGGCUGUUUCCGUGUGGAGGUGUGUGAUGACCGCUGCAGCAUUGCUGACAUCAGAAUCCAAGGAAUUGAUGCUUCAGUGCUUGUGCAGGCGAAGGAGACGGAGGUGUUCGCCAGACUCAGGGACAUUGUGGUGACAGACGUCAACCCCAAAACCGUCCACAGAAAGGCGGUGUCCAUCAUGGGUGAGGAGGUGUUCAGCUUCAAACUGUCCCUGUAUACGGGGGCAACAGAGGGGGAGGGAUACAGUGACAUGUCAAAGGUGGAUGGGAAGGUUACCAUGCGUCUGGGCUGCAUCCAGAUCGUCUACCUGCACAAGUUCCUCAUGUCACUGCUGAUGUUCAUCGAUAAUUUCCAAACUGCCAAAGAAGCUCUGAGUGCUGCAACAGCUCAGGCAGCAGAGAAGGCAGCGUCCAGCGUUCGGGGCUUUGCUCAGAAGAGUUUCCGUCUGUCUAUGGACAUCAAACUGAAGGCUCCGCUUAUUAUCAUCCCCCAGUCACCCACCUCCCAUAAUGCCGUGGUGGUAGAUCUGGGUCUGAUCACGGUGGGAAACAGCUUCUCUCUGCAUCCAGCUGAUGGAUUUUUUCUCCCAGCAGUGGUGGAGAAGAUGGACGUCAAGUUGACUCACCUGAAGCUCUCCAGGACCACACUAAAACAAGGCUCUGCUCAGCCAGACAUCGUGAUCCUCCAGCCAAUCAACUUGGAGCUGCUCAUCACCAGAAACCUGGCUGCUGCCUGGUUCACUAAGAUCCCCGGAGUCAAGGUCCAAGGAGUCAUCCACUCCCUUAAUAUGAGUCUGGGUGAGGAAGACCUUGGAGUGCUGAUGAAGAUCAUGGUGGAGAACAUCGGGGAUGGUAGUGCAGAGCACAGCAUGGAUGUCAAGACACAAGUGGCUCAAGAGAAGGCGGAGCUUGCUGAGCAGCAGCUGGACGUGUUGCCAUUGGAGACUGGAUCUAAUGGGGUUCAGAUCACCACCAACGAAGAUCUGACUGAAAACACAGUCAACGUUCUCCUCAACUUUGAACUCAAACAGGUGCUGCUGACCCUAAAGAAACCUAUAGAGAAGAAAGAGUCACCCUUCCUGGUCUUUCACGUCGCUCAGCUCGGCAUUGACACCAAAGUCCGAAAGUACGACAUGUGUGCCUCAACUUACAUUAAGAAGAUCACUUUAGAGUGCCAUGAGUUCAAAGACUGGAACGGUGACCCGCUGUGUCUCAUCAGCUCAUCUGUGGGAUCUGGAGCUGAACUGCUCAAAGUGCAGUAUUUCAAGGCUGACCGCUCAGGACCAAAUUUCUCUACAGUCUACAAGAACACAGAGAAGAUGAUCAAUGUGACCUUCACCUCUCUUGAUGUCAUGCUUCAUACCGAGGCUCUGCUAUCAUCCAUGAAUUUUGUGUCUGCUGCGUUGUCAUCUGCUAGUCAGUCUUCGCCAGAAAAAGAAAUCAAACCAAAGACAGAAGAUAAGACUGUUGCAACCAAGUCCACUGCCACAGUGUCACCUGCAGACAGUACAGUUAUUGACCUCAAGGUGAUGAUGAACCUGGGUGCCUUUAACGUCCUGGUUUGCGACCAGAGCUCCAACAUGGCCGACAUCAAGAUCCAAGGUAUAAAUGGUUCUUUAUUGAUGCAAGGAGCCCAAACUCACAUAUCAGCCAGUCUGAGAGAUUUUCUCGUCAUAAAUGUCGAUCCGAAGAGCAUCCACGAGAAGGCCAUCUCCAUAGUGGGUGACGAAGUGUUUAGCUUCACAAUGAGUCUGACGCCAAAUGCCACAGAGGGGGCAGGUUACGCCGACGCCUCUAAAACUGAUGGUCGCCUGAAGCUGAAUGUGGGCUGCAUCCAGGUGGUUUACCUGCACAAGUUCAUCAUGUCUCUGCUGAACUUUACCAACAACUUCCAGACGGCUAAAGAAGCCGUAAGCGCUGCAACGGCUCAGGCUGCAGAGAAGGCGGCGUCGAGUGUUCGAGACUUUGCUCAAAAGAGUUUCCGUCUAGCCAUGGACAUCAAUCUGAAGGCCCCACUCAUCAUCAUUCCCCAGUCCUCCACCUCCAAUGAUGCACUUGUGAUGGACCUUGGUCUGAUCACAGUGGGAAACAGUUUCAGUCAGCUUCCUGUCAGUGGGUGCCCUCUGCCGGCGAUUAUCGACAAUAUGGAUAUCCAGCUGAAACACCUGAAACUUUCCAGGACCUGUAUGGAUCCAGCUUCGGGUCAGCCCAACAUCGAGCUGCUUGAACCUGUAAACCUGAAUCUGAACAUCAAGAGGAACCUGGCCGCUUCCUGGUACAAGAAGAUGGUGGCUGUGGAGAUCAAUGGCGAUCUGAAGCCCAUGAAGGUGGGGCUGAGUCAGGAUGACCUGAGGGUGCUGCUGAGGAUCCUGACAGAAAAUCUGGGAGAGGCGAGCAGUCUGGAGUCCACUGCCCCCAAACAGGAGGCCAGUCUGCAAGUUCGAGCAGCUGGAGGCCCCCCCACAGGUGAUGUUGAGAAGAAGACAGAAAGCAGCGAUGAAGUAGAAGAGGAACCUCUGGAAACAAUGAAGUUCAGCUUCAACAUUGAGUCUCUUGGCCUGGUUCUUUAUGGCACUGACCCAAAACAGCCCUCUGAGCUCCGUCACCAGGAGGACCUCAGACUAGGCGAGUUCGCUCUGCACCUGCUGAGGACUUCAGGGAAGAUUAUGAACAACGGCAGCAUGGAGGUGGCCACCGUCCUCACCGACUGCACGCUGGACGAUCUGAGGAGCGGCAUGGAGAGAGUGACAUCACGGAUGCUCGGUCGCAGAGAUGAGCAGAGCUCUGAGGUGAUGAUCGAUGUGACAUAUCGUCAGAGCCCCGCAGAGAGGGAGGUGGUGGCCGUCCUGCAGAAACUCUACCUUUGUGCCAGCGUUGAGUUUCUGAUGGCUGUCGCUGAUUUCUUCUUGAAGGCUCUGCCACAGAGUUCGACACCGAGUGCUGCUCCUGCACAGAGCGAGAGACUGCCGCUGAAACAAACUGCUGAGCCAAGAGCCGAGUCAAAGCCUGCCUCAGCCGUCAGGACUCGUCUUCGGGCGGUGGUGGUCGACCCAGAAGUGGUGUUUGUGGCCAGCCUGAUGAAGGCUGAUGCUCCCGCCCUUGUUGCCUCAUUUCAGUGCGACUUUAGCCUGCAGGGCGAGGCGGAUGGGACCCAGAACAUGAGAGCUAACCUGAGGGAGCUGAAAGUCCUGGCCUGUCCCUUCAUCCGAAACAAGGAGGACAAGGCCGUCACUACAGUGUUGAGACCCUGUUCUGUUGCCUUGGAAACCAAAACCCACCCCAACCAGCCACUGAGCGGCUCUGUGGUGGUAGAGGAAGUCAUUGUCAAGAUCUCCCCAUUCAUCCUCAACACAGUGAUGACAAUAACAGCCGCCAUGACGGUGAAGAAGGAGGACGAGCAGAGUACUGAGUCAAAAGCCGACACAUCUGACCUCUGGUCCGUUAUGAACAUCUACGACUGUAACUACUGGUUCCUGGGAGUGGACCAGGCCAUGGAGGUGACUGAGAGCUUCACAGAGCAGGAUGGACGCAAUGUCGGCGAGAGCUUUGACGCAGAGAUAAAGGUGGUCCAGGUGACUCUUGAGUCUGGUUUGGGCCAUCGGACUGUCCCACUGCUCCUGGCCGAGUCCUCUUUCAACGGAUCUGCAAAGAACUGGUCGUCUCUGCUGAAUCUGAAAGCUGACAUGACACUAGAGGUGAACUACUUCAAUGAGACCCAUGCAGUUUGGGAGCCUCUGAUUGAACGAGUGGAAAGCGGCAAACGCAGGUGGAACCUAGAGCUAGAGAUGAAAAACAACCCACUCCAGGACAAGAGUCCUGUUCAUGGAGACGACUUUGUCAUUCUUCCUGAUCCUCGCACGGCCAUCAGCAUCUGCUCCAAAGACACCAUGAAUAUCACGGUCUCACAGUGCACUCUGAACGUCCUGCAGAACCUCUCUAAGGCGUUCUCAGAGGGCACAGCCUCCACGUUUGACUACUCCCUGAAGGAGAAGGCCCCCUUCACCAUCAGAAACUCCCUGGGAAUUCCUCUCAUCGUGCAGCACAGCGCCAACCUCAGGCCGGUGUCUUCACCAUCGCAGGGAAAACUACACGAGCUGCCGGUGGAUCAGAGCAUGGACCUGGAGCACUCCAUGUUUGAGCCGUCUUCACGAGGAAAACUGUCAGCUCUGCAGCGACAGGAGAGCUGCCUGUUCAAUCUCAGCAUAGUUCCCUCUGGAUACAGCGAGAUCUCCAACAUUGCGGUGGACAAACCAGGACGCCGUCUCUACAACAUCCGUGGCCCGAUGCAGCAGGAGGCGGUUUCUGUGCUGAUGCAGAUCGAUGCCUCUGAGGGUAACAAAGUCAUCACUGUGCGCUCACCGCUGCAGAUAAAGAACCACUUCUCAGUGCCGUUCACCAUCCUGAAGUAUUGUUCCUUAUCUAGGAGCCUGCAGAGCGUUGGGCUGGCUCUACCUGAGACAGAGUUUCACAUCCCCUUAGAAGCGUACAGGUGUCAGCUGUUUAUACGUCCAGCAGGAAGUCUUGAUGAUCAGUAUCAUCAGUCCUCUACCUGCAUGGCGUGGAAGGAGCAGAUUCACCGCAGCUCAGAGGUACAGUCAGUGCUUCAGUGUCCGGCGACAGACAACAGCCUGAUGCCUCUGACAGUCAGCACACUGGCUGUUCCUGAUGACUUGAGACACAUCGCUAGUCAUGGAGAGGAGGACUGGGACCCUGCGUAUGUCAUUCACCUCCACCCUGUGGCCAUGCUACGAAACCUGCUGCCUUACACCAUCCGCUACAUGAUGGAGAGCUCUGCAGACUCUUACGAGCUCCUGGAGGGCAGCACGUCAGACCUCCUGAAUGCUCGUGUCUCUGGGGAGAUCCUGUCCUUGGUGCUGAUGAAGUACCAGGGCCGAGACUGGCAUGGACACAUCCGUAUCGAUCAGGAGAUUCCCGAGUUCUUUGCUGUUUGUCUCACCUGUGACUCAGACACCAACAUUACAAUGGAUGUGAGCAUUCACGUGACGAAGACAUCUGGCCGUGUGCUGCUGUCUAUCUUCAGCCCGUACUGGAUCAUCAACAAAACGUCCCGAGUGGUGCAGUACAAAUCAGAGGAUCUGAUGGUCAAACACCCUGCAGACUUUAGAGACAUUAUCCUGUUCUCCUUCAGGAAGAAGAACCUGUUCAGUAAGAGCAAGCUCCAGCUGUGUGUCUCUACCAGCUCCUGGUCAGACGGUUUUUCUCUGGACACUGUGGGGAGUUAUGGCUGUGUUCGCUGUCCUGCCAGCAACAUGGACUACCUGGUUGGAGUCAGUAUCAAGAUGAGCAGUUUCAACCUGACCAGGAUUGUCACCAUGAGUCCGUUCUACACACUGGUCAACAAGUCGUCAUACGAGCUAGAGGUGGGGGAGAUCAUCAACUCCAACUCCACUAAGUGGCACUACUUGGCUUCCACUGAGUGUGCCCCCCUGUGGCCAGAGAACACUUCAGGGAAGUUGUGUAUCCGCGUGGUUGGAUCUGAAUCUACCUCCAAGUGUUUCUUAUUUAACCGGCAGGAUAACGGCACCCUGCUGAGCCUGGAUAUGUGUGGUGGGAUCAUCGUAGACGUCAACAUCUCCGAUAUGUCCACGGUUAUAAGUUUCAGUGAUUACUACGAAGGAGCCGCUCCGGCUCUGCUGCUCAACCACACACCCUGGGUCAACCUCAGCUACAGGCAGAGUGGCUCAACAGUGACCCAUCAGCUGAAACCUGGGGAGGCUCGGCGGUUUGUGUGGGACGACCCGGCCGGGGUCAGAACCCUCUGCUGGAACUGCAUGGAACAUUCUGGAGAGCUAGACCUGUUAAAGGACGAGGUGGGUCAGUUCGCCUAUGACAGCCUGUCUCAGGUCCACUGGGUGUCCUUCCUGGAUGGCCGCCAGCGGGUGCUGCUGUUCACUGAAGAUGUCGGUGUGGUGACGAAGGCUCGGCAGGCAGAGGAACUUGAGCAAUUCCAACAGGAAGUGAAGGUGUCACUGCAAAACCUGGGACUGUCACUUAUUAACAAUGCAAGCCGACAGGAGAUUUCAUACAUCGGAAUCACCAGCUCAGGUGUUGUUUGGGAGAUGAAGCCAAAGAAUCGAUGGAAGCCAUUUAGUCAGAAAAACAUCAACCUGCUGGAGAAAACGUACCAGGAUCAGCUGAACACAAAGACAGAAGGAGGCUGGGUCAAACUGGAGACCAAUAUAGAGGUGAACUUUUCAGGGGCCACCAUGAUGAUGCGUCAGCCAAUUUCCUGCCCAAUCAGGAGAAACUUCCUGUCAGGGAUCCAGGUGGAGUUUAAACAGUCUCUUCAUCAGCGCAGCCUGAGAGCCCAGCUGCACUGGCUACAGGUUGAUAACCAGCUGCCAGGUGCCAUCUUCCCCAUUGUCUUCCAUCCAGUUCCUCCUCCCAAAUCCAUCGCUCUGGACUCAGAGCCAAAGCCUUUCAUUGACGUCUCCAUCAUCACCAGGUUCAACCAGCACAGCAACGUCAUGCAGUUCAAGUACUUCAUGGCCCUGGUGCAGGAGAUGGCAGUGAAGAUCGAUCAGGGCUUCCUGGGAGCCAUCUUGUCUCUGUUUACUCCGGCUGCUGACCCCCAGGCCGACAGACAGAAGACACAGCUGAUAGAGAAAGAUCUAGAGCUGCUGCAGGCCGAGCUGGCAGAGGUGUCCAGCAACGAUGCGUCAGGACUCAGCUUCUUUGAACAUUUCCACAUCUCACCCAUCAAGCUCCAUCUCAGUCUGUCUCUUGGCUCGAGCGGCUCAGACUCGUCCAAGGAUGUAGCGGCGAUCCAGUCCUUUAACCUGCUGCUCAAAAGUAUCGGCGCCACGCUGACUGAUGUGGACGACCUCAUCUUCAAACUGGCCUUCUUCGAGGUGAAGUACCAGUUCUACAGCAGAGACAAACUGAUGUGGACUGUCGUCAGACACUACACUGAGCAGUUCCUGAAGCAGAUGUACGUCCUUGUUUUGGGUCUGGAUGUUUUGGGAAACCCGUUUGGACUGAUCCGAGGUCUGUCUGAGGGAGUGGAGGCCUUCUUCUACGAACCAUUCCAGGGGGCUGUUCAGGGUCCUGAGGAGUUUGCAGAAGGUUUUGUGAUCGGAGUCCGCAGCCUGCUGGGUCACACUGUGGGUGGGGCUGCAGGUAUGGUCUCCAGGAUCACUGGGUCUGUGGGUAAAGGUCUGGCAGCGAUCACCAUGGACAAAGAGUACCAACAGAAACGACGAGAGGAGAUGAACAGACAGCCCAAAGACUUUGGAGAGAGUCUGGCUAAAGGAGGAAAAGGACUGCUGAAGGGAGUUGUAGGCGGAGUUACAGGCAUCGUCACCAAACCUGUGGAGGGGGCGAAGAAGGAGGGAGCAGCAGGUUUCUUUAAGGGCAUUGGGAAAGGCUUGGUGGGCGUGGUGGCUCGGCCAACAGGUGGCAUCGUGGACAUGGCCAGCAGCACCUUCCAGGGCAUCCAAAGAGUGGCGGAGUCGACGGAGGAAGUGACCAAACUGAGGCCGGUGCGUCUGAUCAGGGAGGACGGGAUAAUUCGACCAUAUGACCUGACGGAGUCGCAGGGCUUUGACCUUUUUCAGCGCUCAGAGAUCAAACAGCUGGAGGGUGAGGUUUUCAGAGACCACUGUCUGUAUCCUGGACACCGAAAGACCAACAUCAUCGUCACCAACAGGAGGGUCAUGUGUGUGAAGGAAAUCGACUUUGUGGGUCAUUUCAACAAAGAGUGGGAGUGUCUGUAUGAUAACUUCUACCGUCCUCCAGCUGUGAUGGGAACUGAGCUAAAGAUCUACUGCAAGGAGCAGCAGAAGUUGAAGCUGCCAAAGAAAGACAAUCAGGAGCCGGUGAGGAGCGUCCAGCUCAAAGACACAGUCAUCGCUCAGAAGCUGCAGGCGACCAUAUCAGAUGCUCAGGUGGCUCAGCAGCAGCACCGCAUGGCGAGACAGAAGUCACAACGCUUCCUGAAACAGAACAGCAAGCACUGAAGUCACUUCCUGUUUGAUGCUGAGUUAUAGAAAUCUCACAUAAAACAUCUCACACUGUACCUUUAACAACAAUUUUAAAAAUCUAAAUCACUUGCAGGAACUGCCAUAUCUAUGUUUACUGAGUUGUCUGUCUAAAGGGUUACCUGAAAUUCCCAUAGUGCCUGUGUUUGCAGCCUUCUACUUCCUGAUUUCAGGUUAAUUUAGUACUGGGACAGUCUCUCUGUAUUUGGUGUUUUAUUUUGAAAUCUACCAGAUGCAGUGCAUGUUCCCAUAUCAAUUGGCUGUUCAACUUGAUGGCAGGGGUUCUGCAGAUAGUCUUGCUGCAUGUCAUAUAAGCAGAGCAGAGUGGAGAUUCUGGCACGCUCCACAGAGACCACAGCACAUGCUGGAAACCCAAAGAUUGUCUAGAAAGAGCUCCAAAGUGUGCGGCGUGGGCAGCUGCAGACAGACUCCGUGGAAAUUGCAGGUUACACUGUGAAUAGAAAAUGGCACUUUUACCACUUUUGUUGCACUUCUGUGUAUGAUUUGCCAUCUUUUUCUCAUUUUUAUUUCACUUUUAAUCUCUUUUCUUUACAUUUUUUACUUUAUUGUUCAUUACUUUUGAACUUAACUAAUUUUUGUCAUCAAAUUCUGAAGUCAAUGAUGUUUUGAAAAUCUAACUACCACCCACACCAUUUUUUUAACAACUUUAUGUAUAUUUUAUACCUGAAAGUCAAAUACUGCUUUAUUUUUCAAGGCUCAAGAUGUGCAUAUCAGUUUAUUUGUUACAGGAAAAGGUCAGUAAAACUUAGCAGGGAAGGUGUUCCUCUGCUAAUUUUCUUAGUAUUUUCUACAGCCUACACUGCAAAACUUAAAUCUAAAGUGUAUUUGUCUAAUUUGAUGUUAAAAAUAUCUCAUUAUACAAGAGAAUUUGGUGUGCUUUAUAAUUUGAAAUUAUUUGACCCAUUUAUAUCAGUUAAUCGGGAUGCACUAGUACCACUGUUAACCUCUUGUUUCGAGCUGAGGUACUAAAUAAAAACAGCACCACAUAAGACAUAUUUACCUAAUAGAAACCGACGUUUCAUAUUCAUUCAUAAGUUUCUUAUUAUGAGGGAGAAAUGCACCUAAAGGUGCACUGGUAGUGGUUCCAGAAUUCUCAUCUGCUCUUGGAUCCAAGGAUGCUCAGGCUCCAUGGCGGUGGUUCCCAAACUUUUUCUCCCAGGCCCUCCCUACCCCUUACUGUACAAAUUAAAUUUAAAAAACAUGAACUCACAACAAACAUAUCUUUGCCCCUGAUUUUUGCCAAUAAAUUGCAUUUUUUAUUUGCCACAAGACAGAAGCAUUGAAAAAAUUUUGCAUAAAUAACAGCAACCAUGUUCUUAAACAGUCUUGAAAAACUGACUCUCUGAAAAUGAACAAUUCCCUAAAAAUUAAACUUUGUGAGCAUUUUGUAAGAUUUAUACUUCUAGUCAUACAAUAAUUUCAUUGAUUUCUGUUGGAUUGUUUUGUGCGACAGAGCUUCUCGGGUCCUGGGUGCAGUUGUGAGACUUCCUCUCUCAGUUCUAUUUUUUAUCUACAGUUUUGAUCUGGACUUUAUCUUGAUUGAGGCAACAGCAGAAAACCCUAUCUCACACUGGCAGGAUGUUGCGAAAGGGAAGAGCCACUCUCCUGCCCAGUAGUGGGUACACCUUUUCUACUCCAAUCCAAAAUGCAGACACAGUGACCCACCUUGGCAACCACUGCGCUAUGGUGUCACUCCCAGCGGGAAUGCAGAAGUGCACUUUUUAAGUGCAUUUAAUUUCUGAUUGAAAAUCAAAAUCUGUUAUCUUAUUGGUAAAUACAUUUAAUGAGGUACCAUUUUUAUGAACAGUCAUCAAUUAAAACAACAAGUAGUAUUCAGAGGGAAGCAACACUGAGUACUGCUGGUCUUAACUCACCAGGAAUGAUGAAUGUGGGGGGUUUCCAUUUUCCAGAGGGGAGUUUUGGCAAUUGACCUUACAACCAAUGGCAGCCUGCGUAACAAGAGAGCCCGACAUAGGACUGGUCACUUUUAAAACAAAGAUAUUAAAAUGCUAAAUUUAACAUACGUAUCUUAAAUAAUACCUUUAAAGUUCUUAGUAAGAGAGAAAGAUGUUUUAAUGCUAUCAGAUUUUCCUUAACCUUCCUCUUGACAGUGAAGUGGUGCAUAGUGUGCAGCCUGCUUUACUGUAGUCCUCAUUGUACUUUAGUAACAAUAUUGAUAAACUGCAGACAUGGCUACAACUUUGCAUACCUGCUUUAAUAAGAGAGACAAACAUCAUGGUGUAAAGCUAUUUUGGUUUCUGUAAUGUUCUGAAUACGAAUACUUGGGCCUGGUUUUAGCACUACUACCCAAAAUUGCUAUCUACACCAGUGCAUCCUCAUCAGUCAGUAUAUUUUCGUAUAUUUAACUAGAAAUGAGACAAAUACAUGUGCUUAGAUUUGAGUUUUUGCGGUGUACGAAAACAGAACUUGGUAGGUGGAUGUUUGCCUCCCUGAUGAAAUUUCUUUCUCCCAUUGUAUAAAGAUGGACGACACAUCUCUAGCUCCUCCUGGUGUAAUUAAACUCAGUCGGAUGGGCGAUGACAUAUUGGACAUUUGGAGCCAGAGUCUGUGCAGGACAGAUCAGUUGUUAAAGCAGUAUUGAUGUUCAAAAACACAUUUAUUUUGCUGAUAAAGUAUCAAAGCUUCCUGACGUUGCCACAGUCCAGAUUCUUGUCGGUUUAAAUCAGUCGUUACGUCAUCCAAAGUUCAGUGACUCAUGUGAGUGUUCUUUCCUCUCGCUGUCGCUGUGGAGCCACAUUACUCCCCUAUAACAUAAAAUCUUAAUCUGUAAUCUGUUCACAUUAGAAAGGCUUUGAUUUUGAAAUACUGCAGCCAGUGAGCACAGGGACCUUUAAAUGACUUAGCUUCACUUCUGUGAAGCUGUUACGCCGUCCAUCUUUUUAUACAGUCUUCAGUGUCUCCUUAUUAUGAAAGUCCACAUUGUCACAUCGGUAUUUCCUUUUGAGCUCUCUGCUUUUUUAUUUUUUAUUGUAACAUCUAUUUUCAAAGAAAUAUGAUACAAUGUUGCUGAAAGUAAAACACAAGCCGAUGUACGAAUGUUAAAACUGACAGCUGGAGGAUUUGAAAUGAUGUUUAAAGGAGUUUAGGGCUAUUUUUUUAAAAAUCAAACUCAGUUACAGUUGUAUUAAUUCAAUUAUGCAAGUUAUUUCUUCCAGUCAGUGUGAGGGUUUUCUUUUUUAAUAUUUUGUUUUUUAUUGGACUUGAGUCUCUUCAGAUGGACUGUCGUGGGUAUUUCAGUCCCUGCUGUUUGCCUGCAGGUUGCACUGCCGAAUGUUUAAAGAUGAAGCCAUAAAAACAACUUGUUGCACUAAAGAAGCUAUUGCAAUAAUCAGUGUGUUGUUGAUGAUGAUGAAUUUGUGCUGCCACUCUUCUUCAGAGAAAUAAACAGUGUGAAUCAUGAUAAUCACAGAAGAGAAAAGUGAAAUGAUUGUCCUUAGAUCAACAAAUCUAAGAUUUUUCUCUAUUAACCUACCGAAGAUUUAGAGCUGUUAUUAAAAACUAAUGGAGGUGCCUUGUUUACAUGUGAACCUUAAAUCUUUUUGUUGUUGAGUUUGUUUCUUUAUAAUCUUUGCUGUAACCAAAUAAUUGUCUCCUUUUUGUUUGCUGCAGAAAAAUAAGAUCUGAAUACAAAUCUGUGAAGAA